AUGUUGGCUCUAAGGUUAUUACUUCUGGUUGUUUUGGUAUCAGUUGCCAAUGCCUUAUUAUCCCUUCCUGUACAGCCCGCUUGUCCUCCAUCCCAAAAGAUUACAAAAGUACGAGUGACCGUGAAUUACAAUGGAACACCAGGACGUAAACGUUCAACCACUACUACCACUACUGCAGCUACUACCAUUACUGGAGCUACUAAUACUACUGCAGCAAACAGUACAACAUCAACGACAACAACAGCUACAAACACUACAGCAGCAGCAUCAGCUGCUCGUCGGUUAGCACGUAGUCGGCGCAAUGGAGCGCAAAGCGUACUAACGCCGCACAGCGUACUAACGCCGCACAGCGUACUAACGCCGCAAAGCGUACUAACGGCGCAAAGCGAAGAAGUAGCGGCAACAGAGCCAACAGCGGUAACAGAGUCAGAAACAGAUCUCUCCGAAGCAACAGAAAUGGAAAUACACGCAGCAGAAAAGCCGCUAGAGGCGCAAGUGCACGUCGACUUGGCAGACAGCGACUUGGUAGACGGCGACUUGGUAGACGGCGACUAG